UCGGUACCGGUAACAGAAUCAAAACUCAAUUUCAACAGUGCAAUGUCAGCCUGAUCUGUGAUAUUCAAGCUGCGACUGUACAGAGCCAUUCAUACACACUGCUUCAUUUAUAUUAGCAGAGCUGUCUAAAAUACAAAACAUGAGUGAAAAUAUAUUGCAGACACCUGUGAUGCGGUUCAAGAAAAAACAGGUUGGAGCGGAAUGCCAAUCUCCUUGUUUAAAUAUGCCUGCAUCACCCUUGCUACAAAGAUUGGGAUAUGGCACAGGCGUCAGUGUUUAUCUUCUGGAACGAUCACCACGGCAAGGCAUGCAUCGGUCACCAUGGGCGGUGAAAAAAGUUAACAAAUCAAAACAGAAAAAUAAAGCAAAUCUUUUUGCCAAUCGGUUAAAAGAAGAAGCUAACAUAUUGAAAUCGAUUGACCACAAAAAUAUUGUUGGAUUCCGGGCAUUAUCCAAAGCAAAAGAUGGAAUGUUGUGUUUGGCUCUUGAAGAUGCAGAAAAAUGUUUAUUCUCUAUCUUGGAGGAGAGAAUGGAGGAACAUUUAGGACCUCUUGCACCACGUUACAUAUUGAAGGUUUCAUCGGAUAUUGCCUCUGCUUUAUCAUAUUUACACACUGAAAAACAACUUCUACAUGCUGAUAUCAAGAGUGCUAAUGUACUUGUAAAGGGUGAAUACGAUAUAAUAAAGUUAUGUGAUUUUGGUGUUGCAAUAAAACUUGAUGAAAAUCUUCAAGCUCUGUCCUCACUUUAUGUUGGGACUGAAUCAUGGUCAGCUAAGGAAGCCAUUAGAGGCAAAUAUGUAUCUGACAGAAGUGAUAUUUAUUCAUAUGGACUUGUUAUUUAUGAAAUGUUAUCACUCAACAUUCCGCAUUUUGAUAUUUUUCCAAUUGAGGAUGAUUUUCCAACAGAAGCUGAAUAUGAAAAAGCAUUUGAAGAAGCUGAAAAGAUUUAUCCUUCAUUUCUUGGUACCAGGCCGCAUCUACCACCAACAGAUUUCGGCGAAAGCUACCAAGAUCCUAUUACAUUAUUCUAUGUUUGCACUGAUGAAGAUCCUGACAAGCGCCCUUCUGCUAAGCAAAUAGUGUCCAGUUUACUUUCGUCCACACAAAUGGAGGACUUGCAAUGCAAGUUGAAUUUUGAAGAUUGAAAAUGGUUGUUAGGUGGGGUCCUUUCUUUCAUCAUGAUCAUACUUUUUGAAAAAUAAGCAAUCAUAGAUACUGUUUCGUUUUUUGUGCCGAUGUAUAUUUUUCUUAAAUAUUUUGUCUGAUUUUCUGUAGAAGCUCCACUUAGUGUUUAUUCUUUUGUCUAUCGGUUAACCGUAGCAACAGGUAAAUGCCCAUGGUACGCAUGUUGACAUAGGUGCUGUUUGUGUGAGAGUAACUUUACAUAUGUGGAUCGCGCUUGUCGAAGGCCGCGACGCCAUCAAGGCUCAAACGAUAGAAGAUUCACAAUUCAACGUCUCGAAUAUUUCCUGUAAAACUUCUGCCUUAGCAUCGUGUAGUUCACAUGAACUGGGAAUACCUGAAUUAAUUUCCAGGUCUCUAAAAUCACAAUUGCAUAUUAGAUAGAACCUUAUGUGUAACUUUUUCUAGUACUCUUGUAUGCUAUUGUUUUUUUUUACUGACUUGAUAAAUAAAAAUAACAUAAUCUCUUUCCACGAAAUAUCAAGUAUAUUAAUGAAUCCCAUGCUUAUCCGAGUUUAUGCAGUCUGUAAUUCAGACUCCCAACGUUUAAAAAAUAAAAACAUUCCAAUCCACGGUGCUGACUGACGAAGAAGCAGUUUUGAAACAUAAUGCAAUGCUGUCCUAAAUUCUUGCAACUUGGAGAUUUUUUCCAACUCGGUUGUUGUCAGCAUCAUGAGAAUUUUACUUUAAUUGACCUUUUCAUUAAAUUUUUGGCACGUUAAGA